UAGGCCCCAGUGACGGUGCACUCGGAGGGACAAACUAGCGAUUAUGAUGCUGAUUGGACGUGGGUGAGCAAGAUGGCGGCGCCCAGAGGCAGAGAGGGCCAGAUCGUCCCCAUCUAGCCGUUGCUCGCUGCCUCCCGAGAAUGUGGCGCAGUUGUCAGCGGCUGUUCUACGCCAGGCCGCCCCAGACCCCACGGCUGUGCCUGACUCCUCCUGUUGGGGGCCCCAGCCUUUCACUGCCGGGCACGGCACGGACAUACACCCCGCCGACAGAAAGGAAGAGGUUUUACCAGAACGUUAGCAUCUCCCAAGGCGAAGGUGGCUUUGAAAUAAACCUUGACCACAGGAAGCUGAAAACGCCCCAGGCCAAACUCUUCACUGUCCCCAGCGAGGCCCUGGCUAUUGCUGUUGCUACGGAAUGGGAUUCCCAGCAGGACACCAUCAAGUCCUACACCAUGCAUCUGACCACAUUGUGCAACACAGUUUUGGACAACCCAUCUCAGCGAAACAAAGAUCAGCUAAUCAGAGCAGCUGUGAAGUUCCUGGAGACAGAUACUGUCUGCUACCGGGUGGAGGAACCAGCCGGCCUAGUAGAACUUCAGAAGAAUGAAUGGGAUCCCAUGAUCGAGUGGGCUGAGAAAAGGUACAACGUGGAGAUCGGCUCCUCUACUAGCAUCAUGGGACCCAGCAUCCCAGCCAGGACCAAAGACACUUUCACCAGCCAUUUGGCAUCUCACAACAUGUGGGCACUGCAAGGUAUAGAAUAUGUGAUCACACAGCUGAAAUCUCUGAUUCUGUCCAUGGGACUGAUUGACAGACACAUUCCGGUAGAGAAAGCCGUGCAGCUGUCUCGCCUGGAGGAAGAAUACCAGAUCCAGCAGUGGGGCAACGUGGAGUGGGCCCACGACUAUGACCUGUACGAGCUGCGUGCCCGCACGGCCGCUGGGACCCUCUUUGCUCACCUUUGUUCAGAGAGCUCGACUGUAAAACACAAGCUGCUGCAGGACUGAGGCUCUGGGGAGCGACGCGUCAGGCAGAGCUGGAGAAUGCCCAGUACAGAUUACAAAUGCAGCCUGGUGGAUUGGAGCCAUUGGCCGGCAAUCCGCGCCUGCCAGUGUGGUGACUUAGCAUUGCGAGGGCCAUGACUUUAUACUGAUUCCUAGCGGAGGCGUUUCGUCCUAGCUUGGCUAGUGCUGAGGGUGCCGGUGACCCUUAGCAGCCCUGGCUUUUGUUACAAAGGAAGUACAGUCUGAGCUCCCUUCAGCCCCAGUGAAAUGCCUUGUCCCUGGCAGUUGCCACAGGCUGCAGCUCAGCCAGUGUUUAUGCUCACUCAGAGGGGUAGCUAGUCUACAUUCUACCCUUCAAGGCUCCCAGCCGUGGGACCAGCACCCCAGCAAAAGGGCUUUGGUAAGGCUAGGCACACGCUCCAGCAUAGGUCUCACCUUGGCAUCUGCCUGCCCAUGGCCCAUGUUUGUUGCUAAAAUCCAAAGUCAUAUCCUUGGAGCCAAGCCCCAGCUGUACCUGUUCCUCACCCAGUAAUGGGCUUCUGCCCCUGUGCAAAGCUAGGCUCAAUCCCAGUUUGAUUAAAGGCGUCUCCUGCUAGAUACUGGAAGCCAGUGCGUGUGGUCAGUUAUUUUAUACUUCCCCACCGCACUGUGGGAUGUGCGCUGCCUCUCUGCCCAAGAGCGCCCAGACAGCAGCAGAGCCAUCACUGACUGACAGCUGUCUGCUUCCUUGCCCGCAGGCUUCGUCUGUGUCCCUGCCUGAGGAUCUCCAUGCUCCGUGCUCUGUUGCAGGCACCGGUCUGGCCGCCGAGGACUGGACAGGAGCUCCCCCUUGUUUUUGGACUCAUUCUAACUCCCCAACUGUCUGAGGCCCUGAUCCUGCAAAGGCUUAUGCACAUGCUGAACUCGGAGCAAACCCACUGACUUUGGUGGGACUCCUAAUGCAUAAUAUGUAUUGAGCAGGCACGUAUGACUUGUGGGAUCAAUGCCUAUGCCUCACCGACCAGGCCUGUGCUGCAAAGUUCUGAUCUAACCUGCCUCUCUCCCCGAAGUUCAGGGGUGUUUGGUCCCUGGGCUUUCAUUUAGGCCUGUCUCUGAAGAAUUCAGACUCUUAAAGGAAAAGAAAAUGUCAGCUGGGCAGUUGUUAUGGAAACCUCCUAUCAGCACGAUCACCCUUGGAAUCCUCAUUUAGAAUCAGCUUUGUUUCCAGUUAACACGCGGGGGAAUCAGUAG